GGUAGUAGACGGUACUCAUUGCAGAUUCUUGUUUGCGUUUCAAUUGGCUUUCCAGAAGCAGCAGGGGAGAGCACAGCACGCGCACAGGGGCUCCACCGACCCUAAACGCCCAGCCCUGCGAUGCUCCUACCUGGCGAAGGGUCGGGAAAAUCACGGACUGGCUCCCCAUGACGGUAUACUGUAAGAAUGGUGCAAAAAUCCCGCAACGGCGGUGUCUACCCGGGUCCAGCUGCCGAGAAAAAGCUCAAAGUCGGCUUUGUUGGGCUAGAAGCUGGGGCUACCGACUCGAACAGGGAUGGGGCGCUCCUCAUAGCAGGUUCCGAAGCAACAAAGCGAGGCAGCAUUCUGAGCAAGCCGAGAUCCAGCAUCUCUGGCAAAGGGAAGCCUCCGAAGCGAAAUGCCUUCUAUCGAAGACUGCAGAAUUUUCUCUACAAUGUAUUGGAAAGACCGAGGGGAUGGGCGUUUAUAUACCACGCUUAUGUUUUUCUCCUGGUCUUCUCCUGUCUUGUCCUGUCUGUAUUCUCCACCAUCAAGGAAUAUGAGAAAAGUUCAGAGGAUGCCUUGUACAUACUGGAAAUCGUGACUAUUGUGGUGUUCGGAGUGGAGUACAUCGUCAGGAUUUGGGCAGCCGGGUGCUGUUGUCGCUACAGAGGAUGGCGGGGGAGACUCAAAUUCGCCCGCAAGCCCUUCUGCGUAAUCGACAUCAUGGUGUUGAUAGCCUCCAUCUCGGUGCUGGCCGCGGGCACCCAGGGGAACGUCUUCGCCACCUCGGCCAUUCGGAGCUUGCGCUUCCUGCAGAUUCUGCGGAUGAUACGCAUGGACAGGCGGGGGGGCACCUGGAAGCUCCUGGGAUCGGUGGUCUACGCGCACAGCAAGGAGCUGAUUACUGCUUGGUACAUUGGAUUUCUGUGCCUCAUUCUGGCUUCUUUCCUGGUGUAUUUGGCUGAGAAAGAAGACAACAAUCAAUUUGAAACCUAUGCGGACGCACUGUGGUGGGGACUUAUCACCCUGACUACUAUCGGCUAUGGUGAUAAGUACCCAAUCACGUGGAAUGGACGGCUUCUUGCCGCAACCUUUACUCUGAUCGGAGUGUCAUUUUUUGCACUUCCAGCAGGAAUCUUGGGUUCAGGGUUUGCCCUGAAGGUACAGGAGCAACACAGACAGAAGCAUUUUGAGAAGCGUCGCAAUCCUGCAGCGGGUCUAAUCCAGGCCGCAUGGAGGUUUUAUGCCACAAACCUCACACGGACAGACCUGCAGUCGACGUGGGAUUACUACGAGAGGACCGUAUCCGUCCCUAUGUACAGACUUAUCCCUCCUUUGAAUCAGCUGGACCUUCUGCGUAAUCUGAAGAGCAAGUCUGGGCUGUCUUUCAGGAAGGAGCCUCAGCCGGAACCCUCUCCCAGUCAGAAGGUGAGCCUGAAGGAGAGGGUGUUCUCCAGCCCCAGGAGCUCUGGGAAUAAAGGGAAGGGCUCCCCCCAGGGGCCGAGCAUGCGCAGGUCCCCCAGCGCCGACAACAGCAUCGAGGACAGCCCCAGCAAGGUGCCCAAGAGCUGGAGCUUCGGCGACCGCAGCCGCACCAGGCAGGCCUUCCGGAUCAAAGGGGCCGCGUCCCGUCAAAACUCCGAAGUGCUGAUUGAGAUGCAGGAUGAAGAAUUCAGACAGAAGAGCUCUCCAGAAGCCAGCCUGCCUGGAGAAGACAUUGUCGAUGACAAUAAGAGCUGCCACUGUGAGUUUGUCCCACAGGAUUUAACCCCCGGACUAAAAGUUACAAUCAGGGCCGUGUGCAUCAUGAGGUUUAUGGUUUCAAAGAGGAAAUUCAAGGAGAGCCUGAGGCCUUACGACGUGAUGGAUGUCAUAGAGCAGUACUCCGCAGGCCACCUGGACAUGCUGGCGCGGAUUAAAAACCUGCAGUCCAGGAUAGAUAUGAUUGUGGGUGCCCCUGUCCCCUCAACUCCCCGACAUAAGAAGUAUGGUUCCAAGGGACCCAAAGAGUCACCCCAAUUCUCUCCUAGAGUUGACCAGAUUGUUGGUAGAGGCACCCCAAUAACAGAUAAGGACCGACCCAAAGGUUCUGCAGAAGCAGAACUACCAGAGGACCCCAGCAUGAUGGGACGUUUGGGAAAAGUGGAGAAACAGGUGAUGUCCAUGGAGAGGAAGCUCGACUUCCUGGUGAACAUCUACGUGCAGCGCAUGGGCAUCCCUCAGUCGGAGACCGACGCCUACUUCGGCUCCAAGGAGCCGGACCCGGCGCCGCCCUACCACAGCCCCGUGGACAGCCGCGAGCACAUGGAGAAAAGCGGCUCCAUCACCAAGAUCAUCCGCUCCAACAGCGCGGCUGGCCAGAAGAACUUCGACCCGCCGCCCGCAUCCUCGGCCGGCCACCAUGGCCAGUGCCCUCCCUCCACGUCCUGGCAGCAGCCCCCGGGCAACGAGUUCCACCCGCGCAGCCAGGGGACGUCCCCCGUGGGCGACCCCUCGCUGGUGCGGAUCCCGCCGCCCCCUGCCCACGAGCGCUCCUCGGGCGGGCACAGUGGGAGCGGGCGGGGCAGUUCGCACCACCAGCGGAGCGAGGACAGCAAGCAGCAGUCACAGCAGCAGCAGCAGCAGCAGCAGCAGCAGCCGGACAGCGACACCUCCAUCUCCAUCCCCUCGGUGGACCACGAGGAGCUGGAGCGCUCCUUCAGCGGCUUUAGCAUCUCGCAGUCCAAGGAGAACCUGGAGUUCCUCAACAACGGCUACUUUGGCGGCGGGGUGGCCCGCUGCGGCAAGGUCAGGCCCUACAUCGCCGAGGGGGAGUCCGACACCGACUCCGACCUCUGCGCCCCCUCGCCCCACUCCGCCACCGGGGAGGGGGCCUACGCAGACCGGGGCGGUUGGUCGGGCUCCAAGUGAGACAGGACCGGGGGACUGCUUCAGCCUGACCUGGGCCAGGGAGACCCUGCCCCCAAAGUGGGAGCCUAGCCUCACAAAAGGGAAAAAAGGGAGUACUUUCCUGUAAGUACCUGCGCUUCAAACCGACCGGCUUCUGUUAAGUGACUAUCGUGGAGGUACAGCCACAUCCGCUCAGCUCUUUUUAUGAAUUAAAAGUCUGUAGUUUUUUUUUUUCUUUUUCUUAACGGGAAUGUUUAAGUUAACCCAACCGAGAGCACAUUUACUUUGCAGUGUAUAUCCAUGCAUUCAUUUCACCACUGCAGAUUAUGUUUCUAUCUGUAAGGGAAGAAAAAAAGAAAUAAUAUCUCAGAUUGUCGUGUCAUUGCCGUCAUUGACAUGUGAAUGUAAUCCUGGAGGAGGAAGGAGCACAUUUUACAGUGCUUUUACAACAUAUGACAUGACAAUAAGAUCAGUCAUGCAGGUCAUAUAUCUCAUUUGUAUUAAUGCAUUCAAAACUGUAAUGUCAGAAAUAUCUGAAGUACAUGUAAAAUUGAUACACAUUAUAUCCACCAAUGCACACAAACCAUGUUCAUUGUUCACGGUUUUUCAUUGCUCUCUAGUGUAGGUUUGAUUGUGGUUCAGCAAACUUCACCACCCCAUUAUUCCUAGGUGAAUAAAGGUUGUACAGGAAUAAAGCCUUUAAGUUGAAUUGAGCUUGUUUUGCAUGUUCAAAGGAUGUAAUUAACUGGAAUGUAUAUUUGCUAUUCAUUCAAACCUGACUCACUUCAAAUGAAACACACAUAGCUGGAUGAUCCUGGCUAUGUAAUUGAGAAAAUGAAAUUAAAAGACCUAAAAUAACUGCAUUGAGGUAAAAAAUAGGGGAGAGUUUGAAGUGAUGCAGAGCCUUUUAAAGCCAUUUUUACAUAUUGUAUAAUAAGUGUAAUCAUGUAUGGGAUGCUCUUACUCUACAUAACCUAAGAAAAAAUGGGUCACACUUCUUUUUACAGGACUAUUUAUACUAUUUUAAUGAUUUAUUUUACAACAUCCUAAAUAAGUACCAAAAUGGCCCAAAAAUAAGGUGGUCCUGAUAUUAAGAUGCCCCUUUCAUAAUAACAGAAUCAACAGGUGAUACAAAAAUGCACUUUAUCAAACCAAAAAAAAGAUUAUAACUUCUGCAAUUGAUGGGGGGUAAAAAAAAAAAAAAAACCUUAUUCACCAUAGAAUGAUUUAACAAUUCAUUACAAUCUAGGAAUAAAUGCUAAAAUCAAUUAUGCCACCAAAUACUGUUUGCAUGUUUUGCUAAAGCAAAAAUUUUAUUUCUUUAUCAACUGUAAAACGUAAGUGUUGUGACGUUUGUCAGAGCACUUCAUGUCAUCGUCUGAGUUUACUGGUGUUUUUUUUUUUUCUCUUCUUUCGCAGCACGGCAGUUGCUUGUCGCCUCAACUCAUAAAUUCUUUAAUAUUGCUCCUGUCUGCUUCAGGUUUCCUGCCUGCGCAGUUCAGUUAUUGCAUCCAGAGACAGGAAGAGAAAGUAAAACACGUGCUUUGAUUCUGUGGAGCAAUAUUGUCAUGGACUUGUUUCUGAAUCCAGAAGAGAAUUUCAGAUGAUCUUAUUUUGGCUUUGUAAAAAAAAAAAAAAAAAAAUUGAAUUGCUGUUCUCUGUGGACUCCAAUUUAAUGAGGGUUAGGAACAACACAUACAGUGCAAAGCUGCAGUGGAAUUAUCCUUAACUGGCAGGAAAGCUGAUUCUCAGUCCCUUGGGUAAUAGCCCCCAUUUCAAUCCACUUUUUUGACAUGGUUACUGCAGGUAUUAUCCAUUCUCUUAAUGCUACACACCAAAACUUCACUGUCCUCUGGAGUGUCACUGGCCACCAUUAACAUUACCAAAUUUGACUUGUCCAUGAACGAAGUUGCAUUUUUUUAACCGUCUCCACCUCAUAUUUGGGUAUUAUGAUAUUACUCAUGUUUUCACUUACUUAUGUAGUCAAUAAGCAAAAAAAAAAGGCAAUUAAAUUUCCAUUUUGGCCAAUAGUUUUAAUUCAAAACCACAAAUCUUAAUGUACAAGAUGUAUCUGUUUUGUAAAAUGACUUAAAAUGUAAAAUGCACACUCUUAAAUUGUUACUGGUAGCCCUUAAAAAGUUUAGUAGCUGUUAUAACAUGCUUAAUAUUUAUUUCCUUCAAAUAUACACUUAAUUACUCGAAAGCAAUGUAUUUGACAUUUAUCCCACAGUAUAAAUAGGCCCUUAAAGGAAAGUGUGACCACACGUGUACAUAGGAAGGACUGUACUGUAUAUAAUCACUGCUGAAUUUGAACUCAAACUUAUAACAUUGUUCGGAUUGAUGCACAGACGAUGAUUCAAAGGAUGAUGCGGCAUCGAAGCCUUAUUUCAUUUACUUCUUGUAUCUAUUAUUCAUUUAUGAUGUUUUGUUUUAUUAUUCCCAAUAUAUCAGAUGUAUUACUGUGCAUGGCACACUUAGCCAUUCUUUUCAAUAAUAUC